CCCUCCCGCUCGUGAGGCAGUUGGGAGCGCGUGAGUCAUGAGCCCGCCCGGCACAGUCUGUUCCGCCCCCCCCGAGCGCGUCACGGCCCCUCCCCCGCUGAGCCGGCUCUUUCUUUGCCCGGAGCCCGGCGAAGAGCGAGCGCGAGGUCGCCGCUGGAGCUCGGGGGCCGCAGCGGAGCCAUGAAGAUCUGGAGCUCGGAGCACGUGUUCGGACACCCAUGGGAUACAGUUAUCAAAGCUGCUAUGAGAAAAUACCCCAAUCCCAUGAAUCCAUGUGUGGUAGGAGUAGAUGUGAUAGACAGAAGCCUUGAUAACCAGGGAAGGUUACAUAGUCAUCGACUUCUCAGCACAGAGUGGGGACUACCAAGUAUUGUAAAAGCGAUUUUGGGAACAAGCAGGACUUUGACAUACGUUAAAGAACAUUCAGUGGUAGAUCCAGUAAAAAAGAAAAUGGAACUCUGCUCCACCAAUAUUACUCUCACAAAUUUGGUGUCAGUUGAUGAGAGAUUGAUCUACACACCUCAUCCUGAAAACCCAGAAAAGACUGUGCUAACUCAAGAAGCAAUUAUUACUGUAAAAGGCGUUAGCCUGAGUAGUUAUUUGGAAAGUUUAAUGGCCAACACAAUAUCCUCCAAUGCUAGAAAGGGUCGAGAUGCCCUGGAAUGGGUGAUCGGCAAACUAAAUACAGAGUUUGAGGAGUUAACAUCAUCAACACGGGUGAGCAUGAAAUCUGGAAUGGCAGCGGCAUCUGCAGCAGAGAACUGAGGCCACAUAACACCAAGGAACUGUGACAGAACGACUUUAUCCCAUGAACUUUAUUUCCUUAGAUCUCUUUUCUAUGGCUAACACCAGACUUUUAUAUGUUCAUAGGAAUGUCCGAACCCGAGAAAAAUGUUUUUCUAGAUCUUUCUAGGCUCCAUAUCAACUAUUUGACCAGUGAAGACUAACAUGAGCUCUUAUGCUUUCCUUUAUUUUCAUUUAAAUAACCCCAUGUGCUGUAGCCAAUUGAAACAAAAUCUUUCUGGCAAUUCUUAAAAAUGCCAAAAUGUGCCUUUUUAUAAAGGCGGUAACUAGUAGGUUUCUUCUACCUUCUACCAUCUGUUUUUUGUGCUCACUUUAAAAAAAAAAGUGUGUACAUAUAUUUAUUAAGAAUUUCUUUAAAGCGAGCAGCUGCUGUAUUUUAUGAAGGGCAGAUGGGUAUAAAAGCACUGAAUCUAGUGUUAGUCUUCGCUGCCGAAGGGAAAUAACGAAAAGUGACGGAGCUAUUUACUCAGGUUAUCUGAAAAGCUAGUUCUUGCAUGAUGGUACUGCCUCUUGCAUUGUUAAAUGCAGUGUCUGAAUGUGAUACACAGGUGAUUUAUGUCUUGGAUGUUUGGAUACAAACUUCUGACAGAUGCAGUGAGAAUUUAGAUGUGAAUAUAGAUUUUUAGUUAGACUUUGUGGGGAUAGAAGAUUUUAUUUUUGUAAUAUUUAUUCACUGGUUCUAGUCUUUCUCCCCCUCUUCUGGAAGAGCAGCUGAUACCUCCAUUGAAAGCAUUGGAAAACUAUUGACUUCUAAAUGCAACUUUUUAUAAGGUGAUUUGAAUGAAGAGUAUCUUUGUUGCUUCAGAUUGUAACACUUAACUACUGUUUCUUGUGCCACAAACAAAGAUAUCAUGAAGACUCGGCAGAAACUCAGAUCUACUUUGCGGAGUAAAGUUUAGGAGUACUAAAAAAAAAAAAAAA